UUUCGAUAAUUCGAUAACGUGGGUGAACCAAAAGUAAACCGCCGCACGUGCGAGUUUAACAAAAAAUGCUUAUUGUUAAGGCAGUCCGUUGGGUAAUCGGCCCUUCUUUACGUUGUAAAUCUUUUGCCGCAGCCAUGUCGGAAGCUCUGGACAAAUUUGAUGCGGAUGCUGCCGCCAAAAAAGCAGCCAAAGAUGAAGGCGUCAAGGAAGCGCAGCGCUUAAAACGUACAUUAAAAAGGAAAAAGUGGGUGGACUGGAAUGACCAGGACACCGAGGAUGGCAAACGUCGGGCAACAGAUCCUGCCUUUGAAAGGAUUAAGCGAAAGAAAAGCGCCAUUUUGCUGAGCUAUUGCGGAGCCAAUUAUUUUGGUAUGCAGCGUAAUCCGGGCAUGCAGACCAUUGAGGAGGAGCUCUUUAAAGUCAUGUUGAAGCACAAAUGGAUAACUGAGGAUAGCUUUGAGCAGGUGCAAAUCGCCUGCUUUCAACGAGCCGCCCGCACCGACAAAGGUGUGUCUGCUGCUCGACAGGUGUGCUCCGUCAAAUUGCCUGACGAUUUGGACCUGAAGGCUUUCAAUGAGGAUUUACCCGAACAGAUUCGUUUAUUUGGUGUGGAGCGUGUGACAAAGGGAUUUAAUGCAAAGGAUCAAUGUAAUGCACGAACUUAUACUUAUACCCUGCCAACAGUAGCAUUUGCUCCAUGCCAGUCUGAAAGCGACAAGGAGGCGCAACCUCCGGAGGAACAGUCUACUUAUUGCAUUUCGCCCGAGCAUCUACAGAAGGUUAGAGAGACACUUCAACUCUAUGAGGGCACAAAGAACUUUCACAAUUUUACCAGUAAAAAAAACUUUUUGGAUCCCUCGGCGAAGCGGUUUAUCAUGCUUUUCAGCUGCAGCGAUCCGUUUAAGAGUCCCCAAGGCAUUGAGUUCGUCACGCUAAAGGUAAAGGGUCAAAGUUUCAUGUUGCACCAAAUCCGUAAAAUGGUAGGUUUGGCCAUAGCCAUAGUGAGGGGGAACACGACAACUAGCACCUUGGAGCGUGCACUUACCGAAGAGCGUUUAGAUUUGCCAAUGGCCCCGGGUCUUGGCUUAGUUUUGGAUACUGUGCACUAUGAACGUUACAACGAUCGUUAUGGCACGGAUGGCAUACAUAAUCCCUUAACAUGGGCGGCCCAGGAAGCUGAGGUAAGUGAGUUCGUGGAACGACAAAUCUUUAGUCAGAUUUACAAGACCGAAGCUGAGGAAAAGAAUAUGCUGGAUUGGAUAAGCACCUUGCACUAUCAUUCAUAUGACACCCGGCGGGAUGAUGCGCCACCACCACCACCUCCAAAUGCCAAACGGAAAGGCAAUACAACCCAAGAUGAUGGUGAAGAGUAGCUCCAGUAGCUUACAAUUAUCUCAGGUUAUUUUUUAUUCAUUCUUUGGGAAUCAGGAAAUGAAUCUAUUCCAUUUGAUCCUAGAAUUCCCUUAAAAUUUUAAACAAAAGUCUCAUCUAUGAGAUUAUUUUUCAUGCAAAAACCAUUUUAUAUUAAUUAUACGGUUGUGUAAUAAAUUUAUCAUUAUUUAGAAA